GAAACUGAAUCAGAGCUGUCAAUAUCAAGUGUCUUGUGAACAUAGAGACCAUAUCAGGUGCAGCCACGAUGUACUCUGCUCUCCGGCGAUAUUCCGCGUACUCGAGCGGAACCUUUGGACGACGGCUCCAGCGGCUCACGCCGGUCUAUCCAACUGCAAAUAAUUCCCACAGCCCUUCCAAUGGCCAAAUAACGCCGUACCAUCAGCAGCAGCAACAAAACCUCUACAAAACCACAAUUCCCGUUGGUAGUUCGCGGAGCACCAGCAGCAGCUGUUCUCACUGCCGAACAGCUGACCCAUGCUCAGGCGCACUGGCGAACAACAACAACAAUGAGAGCACGGCAACCACGACCACCACCACCCUGCCCAUACCAGCCCACAUUCUCUCUCGCACACACACCCAGUCGUCGGGAGCGGGAGCGGCGGCACAAUGUACAUGUGGCGACGCUCCGACGUCGGCGCAAAAAUGGCGCAGUAGUCGUGUGUGUAAAAAUCAUACGACUACAACGACGACAACACUCGAAUACGAACUUUCCAAUUUUGCGAAACUAACGACACAAAUCAGUACGCAAAGCGACGGCGACAGAGCAACAUCAUCAUCAGCAGCAGCACCAGCAGCAGCAGCAGCUGACACAGGAGAAGAAGCAGCAGCGAAGCCAAGCGAUCAACUACAAGUCACGGACUUGCCGCCACCACCGCAAGGACUUCACGUAUCCUCGCAGUAUCACUGGAACCAACUGCAGCGGAGUCUUCACGCUCUCCACCAGCAGCAACUGUGCAACAGCUUCCAGCCGCAUCAGCAGCAGCAGCAGCAACGUUCUUACAGCAACGAAAAAAAUAGCGACAACAUGAGCAAGCCAGUUGGCAUCGAGCAGUAUGCACCCCGCGAUCGUCUGGGACUUUGGGGCACCGGCGACAACGAAGUCGUUGGUAGCAUCUCCGGAUUAACGCGUCUCAACGACAAGCGCUAUUCAAAGGGUCUGGCUUUCACACACGAGGAACGCCAGCAGUUGGGCAUCCAUGGCCUGCUGCCGUUUGUGGUGCGCGACGAGGAGGAGCAGACCAAGCAUUGCCGCAUCUUGCUCGACCGAUUGGAGAACGACCUGGACAAGUAUAUGUACCUGAUCAGUCUGUCGGAGCGCAACGAGCGCCUCUUCUACAAGGUGCUCAGCUCGGACAUCGCUCACAUGAUGCCGCUGGUGUACACCCCAACUGUGGGCCUGGCCUGCCAGAAGUACAGCCUGAUCUAUCAGAACGCCAAGGGCAUGUACAUAUCGAUCAAGGACAAGGGCCACGUAUACGAUGUGCUCAAGAACUGGCCGGAAACGGAUGUGCGCGCCAUUGUGGUGACCGACGGUGAGCGUAUACUGGGUCUGGGCGAUCUCGGGGCCAAUGGCAUGGGCAUUCCCGUGGGCAAGCUGUCGCUGUAUACGGCUCUGGCCGGCAUCAAGCCAUCGCAGUGCCUGCCCAUAACCCUGGACGUGGGCACGAACACCGAAAGCAUUCUGGAGGAUCCGCUGUAUGUGGGCUUGCGCCAGAAGCGUCCCACCGGCGCCCUCUACGACGAGUUCAUCGAAGAGUUCAUGAAGGCGUGUGUGCGUCGCUUUGGCCAGAACUGCCUCAUCCAGUUCGAGGACUUUGCCAACGCGAAUGCCUUCCGUCUGCUGUCCAAGUACCGCGACUCGUAUUGCACCUUCAACGAUGACAUUCAGGGCACCGCCUCGGUGGCCGUCGCCGGUCUCUUGGCCUCGCUGAAGAUCAAGAAGACCUCGCUGAAGGACAAUGUGCUGCUGUUCCUGGGCGCUGGCGAGGCAGCGCUCGGCAUUGCCACCCUCUGCACCAUGGCCAUGAAGGCCGAAGGUCUCACCGACGAGGAGGCCAAGGCUCGCAUCUGGAUGGUGGACAGCCGUGGCGUCAUUGUGCGUGACCGUCCAAAGGGCGGCCUCACGGAGCACAAGCUGCACUUUGCCCAGACACACGAUCCGAUCGAUACCCUGGAGGAGGCUGUGCGUCGCGUGCGUCCCAAUGUGCUGAUUGGCGCUGCCGCCCAAGGCGGAGCCUUCACCAAGGAGAUCCUGGAGAAGAUGGCCGAGAUCAACGAGACGCCCAUCAUCUUCGCCCUAUCGAACCCCACCAGCAAGGCCGAGUGCACUGCCGAGGAGGCCUACACACACACCCAGGGCAAGUGCAUUUUCGCAUCUGGAUCACCGUUCCCCCCCGUGACAUACAACGGGCGCAAGUUCUAUCCGGGCCAGGGCAACAACUCGUACAUCUUUCCGGGCGUGGCUCUCGGCGUGCUGUGCGCCGGCAUGCUGACCAUUCCCGAGGAGGUGUUCCUCACCUCGGCCGAGCGCCUCGCUGAGCUGGUCUCCAAGGAGGAUUUGAACAGGGGCAGUCUCUACCCCCCUCUAAGCUCCAUCGUCAACUGCUCGGUAGCCAUUGCCGAGAGGAUUGUGGAAUAUGCCUACAAGAACGGUCUGGCCACCGUCUAUCCCGAGCCCGUCAACAAGAUCGCGUUCAUCAAGGCGCAAAUGUACGAUCUGGACUAUCCCCGUGCCGUGCCUGCCACCUACCACUUGUAAAUGGAAGUACCCCCAGAACCCGACCCCAGCCCCCGCCCCCCCCCCACAGCUGUGGCAUGGCAGCGCGUACUUUCCAUUCCACUGAGCGGGCACGAGCAGAAACCAUGUUAUUUAUUAUAUAAAGUCGCACAUCUGUCUAGCAAAUAGCCAAAUUGUACCACGCCUAUCCACACCUGUAUGUCUGCAUGUAUGCGCCCACUGGAUCCUAAAGCUCCUGGACACAGAAGAAACUUGGAGGGGAAUACGAAUGCGUUUACCAACUCCAAUUAACAAUUUUUAUGAUGUUGAUUUUAUGUAAAUGGGAUAUUGAUCUAAUAGAUAUGUAAACAAAUUCUAUGUAAUCUUGAAAAACACAAACUAUGCUAAGUACCUACAAAUAAAAUAUAUAAAAAAGAAGAUAU